AUGCUUAUUGAUUUCCUUCCCGAGUUGAGAACAGAGGACAAUCCCACCCUAGCUAUUGGACUUUUAUCCUUAUCGACUUUGACCGAAAGAGCUAUUCUUUUCCUGAGACUGGGAAGCGUAAGGCCAGAAAGAAAGUCUUGUACGAGGUUCAGUUCAGGCAUAGCUACUGGAAAGAAGUCAUGCCUCAUUCUUAUUGAUGUAGAUGGGCAAUCACCAAUGGCUGAAAUUAGAAAGGGCUUCGCUAUGAAUCCAUCAUUGCUAAGCCAUUUUAUCACUGAUGAGCAAGGAUCUGCACUGGUGGCUCUUAUGACGGCUGAUGAUGUUAAGAAGACAAUCUUUCUAAAGGCAAAUAAGGCACAAGGACCUGACGGUUUUACUGCUGAAUUCUUUCAAUCCAGCUGGAGCAUUGUGGGGAAAAUAGUUACCAAAGCUAUCCUUGAAUUCUUAUCUUCCUUCAAGCCCACAGCCAGCCGAUUAUCUUCAAUGUGA